CAGUUUGUACCUAGCAGGAUCUGGAGUGGGAUGGAAAACAAAUUUAAAAUUAAUUUGGACGAUUCAGCGUUCAACAGAGAAAGAAGUCCGGUGCCCUCCCUUUUUAAGCCCUCAUCCAAAGAGGGCCCUGCAGAGACUCCGGCUACCCAGACCGGACCUCAAGCUGUUGGCCAGCCUCUAUCCUAUGCAGACUUUAUCGUCCAAAACAAAAGCAAAGGUAAAGAGGGAGUUGUUUUUGGACACCAGACAGGAAACCCUCCUCAGUAUGGACACCGAACUGUACAACAGACAGCUGACAUCCAGCCCAAAAUUGGAUCAGUUUCAGAACCUUCCACAGUUUCUGGUAAAUCUCAUACUGAUGAAAGAAGUUGUAGUCCAUCAGCAUCAUCAGAGACCGGUGCAAUUUCAGACAGGCCUGAGAAUGAUCUGCCUGGAGAGGUGAGAAAGGAUGAAGGUCAAAAUGUGAAGGACUGUAGUGUUGCUCCAGCCGUGUUGGGCUCAGGAAACAGCAUUAUUGUCAGCCCAAGACAGAGAGGAAACCCUAUUUUGAAGUUUGUGAGGAGCGUGCCGUGGGAGUUUGGUGAAGUGGUGCCUGACUAUGUCUUAGGUCGAACAACAUGUGCUCUUUUUCUCAGUGUGCGCUACCACAGCCUGAACCCUAAUUACAUUCAUGAGCGGUUAAAGCAGCUGGGCCAGACCUUCACCCUUCGAGUGCUGCUUGUGCAAGUUGAUGUGAAAGACCCUCACCAUUCUCUGAAAGAGCUGGCUCGGAUCUGCAUCAUGGCUGACUGCACACUCAUCCUGGCCUGGAGUCCGGAGGAAGCUGGUCGCUACUUGGAGACGUAUAAAUCAUACGAGAAGAAGCCUGCAGAUCUGCUCAAAGAGCAGGUUGAGAAAGAUUAUCUUUCCAAGGUCACCGAUUGUCUGACCACAGUCAAGUCUAUCAACAAAACAGAUGCUAUCACACUGCUGUCAACAUUCUCUUCUGUGGAGGGUAUCAUCAAUGCAUCCAAAGAAGAGCUGGUACUAUGCCCUGGGCUUGGACCUCAAAAGGCAAGAAGGCUUUAUGAUGUGUUUCACCAACCUUUUCUGAAGUCCAAAAAGAAAGAAAGCUGAUGAGAUUAAAGUUGCUGUCAGAAUGCUUCACCUGAACUGGCAUACAAGUCCUUGAGCUUUGUAUCUCUUGGUUCACCACAAGCCCCGUUAAACUUUAUAUAAUUGAUAUAACACAGAAAUAUAUAACCUGGAUGGCUGAGAGUAGACGAUUGAAGAAUCUCUCAGCUGAUAUUUCAUUCUAAUACCAUGUGCAUACAGCUGUGAACUCCUUUUAUGGUCAGAUGAUCUCUGCAGGCCAAUUUUUAAUAUUUUUUGCAUUGCUGUAAUAAAGAUUUAUUUGUAUAGUCUGUUAAGGUACUACUGUACUUUUGUAAGGUGCAGCAUAUGUAUAUACAUAUAAACACACAGUAUAUAAAUUACCAACAAUGGACUGUAACACAAUAAACCCAUUACAAUUCCUUGUUGAUGUGGGAUGAUUCAAUUGUAUGAGAGACUGGUUUGAAAAAAGCAACCAAGUGGCUGAGUAUUGAAGAUGUUUAUCUGUUAGGGAUGAUAAAACAAAACAGUGUGACCAAACCAAGAGAACUCUUUAGUGCAACUUCAUUAAUGCAGUCGGAAAUUAAUGCAUUGGCAUAGCAGAGCAUGUUUAUCUUACUAGAUGUCUGCCGACUAUAUUUAACACAUAAAUUAAAAAAGAACGCAGUGGUUACCUGCCCCUGGUUUUUACUAUCGACGGUGUUUAAGUUUCAUUUUUAGUCAUUAUUGUGACCAUAAACCUCUCAAAAGACCCCCUGUGUGCAAGUUUCCAUUUUCAAGCACUGUGGGAUUAGAGGUGUGAAUACGUUUAAUGCCCCAGAUGCAGUUAUCACUGAUGCCCCCGCAGACCAUGUUAGAUACAAUUUGACCGGAAAGAAAUGUUUCACAGUUGUAUUACUACGGUGUACAGACAUGUUCCUCUACAGCCUUCUUCUGCUCUCUCUUCUCUCUUUGUGUGGUAAUGUAUUUAAUUCACUACAUUUGAUUAAA